AUGGCGGAGCUCUACAAUUUCCGCAUGAUCGGACCAAACCUUAUCUACGACUACAUUCACAUGUUACUUACGAACCUUAACGAAACAAGCGCGGAGAUGCUACUGAAGGUGUUUGAAAUAAGCGGCCACCGUCUUCAUCAAGACGACCCUAGAGCACUCAAAGACAUUGUGGCUCUCAUCCAGCGUGCAGUUGUGCGUUCUGGGGGCGAAGACGCCCUUUCCGUUCGCACAUGGCACAUGAUUGAUAGAAUAAGCGACAUCAAGAAGGGCGACAAGAAGAAGCAACGUGAUAAAGAAGGCAGUGGCUUUGGCCAUGCAGAAAGGAUACGAAAGGUGUUGGGUGCUCUACCCAAGUCGGCAAAGCUAGAGGCGACCGGACCGUUGCGCGUCAGCUUGGCCGACAUUGAGCAGGUGGGCAGGCGCGGCAAGUGGUGGUUAGUUGGAGCAAGCUGGGCCGGCCGUGACGAACAACCAGAAGGUCAACACUCUGGAAUCACCAAAGUACCUGACGCUAACGACAAGCCGCUGACACGGCAUGGCACCCGCCGACUUGCUUCUAUAGAGCCUGGCGAAGAUGACAUUUUGGGCUCCUGGGGUGAUGAUAUCGCCGAUGUAGAAGAGCUCGAUUUGUUGGCGAGAGAGCAGGGUAUGAAUACCGAUGCAAGACGAUCCAUCUUCAUCACCCUUCUCUCAGCGACCGACAGUAAAGAUGCGCAAGCCCGGCUCCUAAGACUCGGGUUGAAUAAGUUCGAGAAGCGAGAGGUGCCCAAUGUGCUCAUCCGGUGUGUCGGGUCCGAAAAACACUUUAAUCGCUACUACGCACUUGUGGCACGGCAGGUAUGCGGCGCCGACAGGAGAAUGGCAUGGGUAUUUCAAGCAAGCGUCUGGAAGCUGUUUCGGCGGAUGGGCGAGCCCAUGUUUGGCGAAGAAGCGGAAGACGACGAGGCGGACGAGGAUGACGAGGCAACAGACAUGCGUCGAAUCGUCAACACGGCGAAACUGUGCGGUUUUCUGGUAGCAAGUGGAAACCUCGGCCUAGAUAUCUUGAAAUGCCUCAGCCUGGUCCGGUUGCAGGCGAAGACACGGGCGUUUGUUGAGGUGAUGCUGCUGACUUUUUUUGAAGAGGCACACAGCACGAGCAGGGUUGGGAAGGCUGGAGGCAACAGUGGUGCCGUCAUCCGCAAACGGUUCCAGGCCGCCAGCGACACGGACGACCUUCGCCGCGGGCUGCAGUACUUUAUCGACAUGGUGGUCCGACGAUCAAAACUAGUUGAAAAGCACCAGGAGGAUCGCAUCGCCAAGUUGUGUGACCGGGCGCAGAAGGCGUUGCGAGACCCUCGAGGCUCGUGA